AUGGAUAACGAUCUAAUCCAGCUUGUCAACAAGCUGCAAGAUACCUUCGCCAACCUUGGCGGGGAGCUUGACAUGCCCCAGAUUGUGGUCGUCGGGAGUCAAUCUGCGGGCAAAUCAAGCGUCUUAGAAACUAUCGUCGGGCGCGACUUUCUCCCGCGCGGUGCUGGGAUCGUAACGCGCCGACCUUUGACUUUACAGCUCGUCCACAUCCCGCCUCCUGAUCCCGAUAACCCCACUGCGUCUAGCUACGCCGAAUACGGACAGUUCCUUCAUCUCGACAAACGGUUUACAGAUUUUGGCGAGAUCCGGCGCGAGAUCGAGGCUGAGACGUUCCGCGUUGCGGGCCAGAAUAAGGGGAUCUCAAAACUGCCGAUUUCCCUCAGGAUUUAUUCGCCGAAAGUACUGGAUCUCACUCUAGUGGAUCUGCCUGGGUUGACAAAGAUUCCUGUCGGGGACCAACCGUCAGAUAUCGAGCGGCAAAUUCGCAACCUCGUUCUGGAAUACAUCUCCAAGCCGAAUGCUGUAAUUCUUGCCGUAUCUGCAGCGAAUGUCGAUCUCGCCAACUCGGACGCGCUCAAACUGGCGCGGUCCGUCGACCCUCAGGGUCGCCGCACCAUCGGCGUCCUGACGAAGCUAGAUCUCAUGGACGCCGGCACGAACGCCCUCGACAUUCUGAAUGGCCGUAUAUAUCCCCUGAAGCUCGGCUUCAUUGGUGUCGUCAAUCGCAGCCAGCAGGAUAUCAAUUCAGAACGGAGCAUGGACGAUGCACAGGCGCACGAAAAGGAGUUCUUCCAGAACCACCCUGCGUACCGAAGCAUCUCCCACCGGAACGGUACUCGAUACCUCGCAAAGACGCUCAAUCACGUCCUGCUCAACCACAUCCGCGAGAAGCUACCGGAUAUGAAGGCUCGGCUGAACACGCUGAUGGGUCAAACGCAGCACGAGCUGGAUUCGUUUGGUGACGCUGCCUUGUUUGACGGUCAGCACCAAGGCGCCCUCGUCCUCAAGCUCAUGACUUCCUUCGCACGUGACUUUGUCUCUUCCAUAGAGGGCACAUCCAGCGAUAUCUCCACCAAAGAAUUAUCAGGCGGCGCUCGCAUCUACUAUAUAUUUAACGACGUCUUCGGUCACGCGCUUGAGAGCAUCGAUUCCACCAGCAAUCUCACUACUCAGGAUAUCCGAACGGCUAUUAGGAACUCAACUGGUCCCCGCCCCAGUUUGUUUGUGCCCGAAGUCGCGUUUGAUCUACUUGUCAAACCCCAGAUCAAACUACUGGAGGGGCCGAGUCUGAGGUGUGUCGAGUUGGUGUACGAGGAGCUAGUCAAGAUAUGCCAUAACUGCACCAGCACUGAGUUGCAACGAUUCCCUCGUCUCCACGCGCGCUUGAUCGACGUGAUCUCGGAACUUCUGCAGGAGCGACUUGGUCCUACAUCCGAAUACGCCUCAAGCCUGAUUGACAUCCAGGCUGCGUACAUCAAUACCAAUCACCCGGCCUUCAUGCAGAACUCCGCUCAUGCUCACGCGCACCACCAGAGGAGGACUGCUGCUGUUCCCCCGCCCAUUACCUCCACCGAUAUGAAUGGAUCUGUGUCUGCCGAGGAAGAGGAAGCAGACGACGAACAUUCGGAAGUGAUGCCCAAUGGCACUGCCCCCAAGGACACUCGCUCGGUGUCCUCGACCGUUCAUGACAGAAGCCGAGCACCAUCCUUCGUUCCUUCGGGGGCAAAGGAGGCACCUCCCAUGCAUAACAUGGCUCGCCAUGAUCGACGAUCGACGAGCGGUGGUGCCCAACUUGGAGUCCCUACAGUGAACGCUGGCACAUCCCCCGCUUCGGCCAAGGAGACUUUCUUGAACUACUUCUUCGGUGGAAACCAACCGGGGAUGCCACCUGGUGCUUCCCCAGCCGCUCUGAUGGUUCCACGGCAUUCCCAGGUCGGCAGGGACUUGAAUCCCGAGUCCGGCGUGCCCUCAUCAGCUUUACAGGCUGUUCGUACCUUGGACGGGAGCAACGCUGCCUUUGAUAUGAAGAGUCUUGGCAAGCACAUUGAAGCUGUUAGCGCAGCUCCAUUGUCCGUCCGCGAAGAGAUGGAAUGCAGCCUUAUUCGUUCUCUGAUCGCCUCGUACUUUGACAUUGUUCGACAAACAAUCCAAGAUCUCAUACCGAAAUCGAUCAUGCACCUGCUUGUUAACCACACCUCGCAACAGGUCCAGAAUCGCCUAGUCUCCUCGCUUUACAAGCCGGAACUUUUCGCCGAUCUCCUGCAUGAAGACGAGGCGUUGGUGAACGAACGAGCGAGGGUGAAGGCACUAUUGGAUGCUUACAAGGAAGCGUUCAGAACUCUUUCGGAAGUGAGCUUGAAACCGCUGUGA